AAAGUCUGCUCCAGUGUAAGAUUUUUUCUUCCAUUCAUUACAACAAUCAAUACUAGAGGAUUAGAAUAAUUUCACUUUAUUUUUUUUUUCUAGUAAAAAUAUAAAAAAAAGCCAGCCAACAGCAUAUUUCUUGAGCUUUUCCAAAUCCCUCGUAUUACUGUCAUAGCUGUAUUAGAACGUGCAGGCAACCACUACGUGGCCAUUUACUGAAAGUUUUAAAUAACCCGUUUGGUGUUUCUUUUUACGUCUUAAUCUUUUGUUUUCUAAUUUCUGAUUUAGAUUCAAGAGAUUUUUGACGCAGUUAUUCCUGGAAGAAAUUUUUUUUCUUUUUUUCUGUGCCCGCCCAUUCCCCGUUUUGGAAAUCUCAGAUCUUAGUAAGCAAGAGCUACUACUGAGAUUCUUUUUUAACGUUACUUAUUUUACUCUUUCCUUAUCAACAUUUCGAAGAAACGUGUAUUUGAGAAUAUGACUGAUCCUUCCAACCGUGAGGAAUUGUUCCCUGAAAUUGGUACGGCCGCCCAGAAUCUUUCCGGCGCCGAUACUCAAGAGACCGGAGUACAAGAAGUAGAGUCUUUGUGUAUGCAGUGCCAUGAAAAUGGUACCACCAAACUUUUCUUGACAGUCAUCCCUUACUUUCGAGAAAUCAUUUUAACCUCUUUUGAAUGCCCUCACUGCGGUUUCAAGAAUGCUCAGGUUCAACAUGCUGAGACCGUUCAGCCUGAAGGUUCUAGUUUCACUCUAAAAGUUACCGAAAAGGAUGACCUCAAUCGUACAAUUGUCAAGAGCAACGAAGCUGUCAUCCGUAUUCCUGAGCUUCAAUUAGAAAUUCCUGGACGUCUUGGCCAAUUGACCACCAUUGAAGGUGUUUUAAGCAACAUCCAUGAUGACUUGUCUAAAGAUCAAGAGGCUCGUAAAGAAUCCAUGCCUGAAGUGUAUCAACAGAUUUCUCAAUUUUUGGAACGUGUUCUUCAACUUCGCGAAGGGGAAGCUCAUUUCACAUUUAUCCUUGAUGAUGUUACAGGUAAUAGCUGGGUCGAAAUGAGACCUGGUAAAGAUGGUAAUCGCUGGACUCAAGUUAAGUACAAGCGUACUCUCGAACAAAAUCACAAAUUGGGUCUCGUCAACACAGAGGAGAAUCCUGAAACCAAGGAAAAGACGGGUGGACCUGCUACUCUAGCUCACGAUGCUACUGCCGUAGAAGUUGAUCCCACCGAAGUUCACACUUUCCAUUCUACUUGCCCGUCUUGCUCCCACCCUUGUGAUACUCACAUGAAACUUUUAGAUAUUCCCCAUUUCAAGGAAGUGAUUAUUAUGUCUACUGUUUGCGACCAUUGUGGUUAUCGUUCUAACGAAGUCAAAACCGGCGGUGCAAUCCCCGAGAAGGGCCGUAAGAUCACUCUGAAGGUCAUGGAUGCUGAGGAUCUUUCUCGUGAUAUUCUCAAGUCUGAAACAGCUUCUUUGCAAAUCGCUGAACUAGGUUUAGACUUGUAUCCUGGUACCUUAGGUGGCAGAUUCACUACCCUUGAGGGAAUUCUCACUCAAAUUUAUGACGAGCUUUAUGGCCGUGUUUUCUCUCAACAAAGUGACUCCAUGACCCCUGAGCAAAUUGCAAACUGGCAACAAUUUCUCAGCAAUUUGACGAAUGCCAAGGAAGUUGGUACUCAAUUCACCGUUGUUUUGGAUGAUCCUUUGGCUCAAAGCUAUCUUCAAAACUUCUAUGCACCUGAUCCUGAUCCCAACAUGAUAAUCGAAGAGUACGAGCGAACUUUCGAAACGAAUGAAGAUCUUGGUCUUAAUGAUAUGAAAACUGAAAAUUACCAACAGCCUACUGUUGAUGCAAAGAAAGAAUAAACGGUUAGUCUCGCGAGUUUUCAGGCUUUUUUGAAUUAUUAUAAUUACGGGUUUCGGAAUUUUAUGCAUAUUUGCUAGGUUUAUAAAAUAGUGCUUUAAUAAUUUGCCUAUUCAGGAGGUAUUGUAGCCGUUUGAUUUCUAAGUGUAUUCUCCCUCAAACAAACCCUUGAUCCAACAACUGUAUAAUUGAUUACAAUUCUUUACUUCAAUUAGU